GACUUAUCUGAAUUUCAACUCGUUGAAUUCUUCAAUCAGAAACAGUUGUUUGUGUCAAACAGUCCAAGCCAACCCAAUACCGAAUCAUCAGCUUUUCGAAGGACAAACAGAAAGAAAAGCUUUGCAAGUAAACCAAAUGCAAGAUCUUUCUUCAUGGAACCCUCCCAAACCCUGGUAGAAACCAUGAAAACCCUCUGCUAUCUCUCUCUGUCUCUCUCUACCACCUUCAACACAGGCUUUCGAACUUCCAUUUCCGUGUUUACUUUUGCUGAAUUCUCUGUUGACAUCUUGUUUCCUCAAUUGGGUUUUGCUUAAUUUUGUCCUCAUCCCCUUCUUGCUUUGCUUUUUUCUCUGUAUAGUUGACGGCCUUUUUCUUUGCUUUCUUUUCAUUGCUGCCAUAUUUGAAUUUCUUGGUCGAAUUCCUAUUGCUAGUCACCAUUCUCCUUCCCUUCCGCUUUUCAUUUCUUAUGUCUCAUUUAAGUUUACUGAUUCAAUCACGCGUUCUUCUGUAGAUUUGUCUAGUGUGGAGUCAGCCGCUGUCCCAAGAUCACAUUUAAAUCCCAAUAAAGAACUGCUCUUCAGCCUGUGAAAUUUUCAUGUAAUGAAGUGUUUUCAGUAUUUCAACUACAAGUCUAGAAGCAGGGCAAGAUCAGCCCCAGAGUUGAAAGAAGAAAGGGAGAAAUCAGGGUAUUCAGGAGGACCUGAUCGGAUCACAAAGUCCUCAUGUUCGGCAGCUUCUCCGCGUAGCAUACCGGAGUUGUACGAAGAAAAAGCUCAUAACUUGCGGGUCUUCUCUUUCUCAGAGCUUAGGCAAGCCACCCAUGAUUUCAGUUUGCUACUCAAGAUUGACGAAGGCGGCUUCGGCGUCUAUAAAGGUGCGAUCAAGCCUGUUGAUGGAAAGGGUGAGCCUGUGGUGGUUGCUAUUAAAAAGCUCAACAAGAAUGGCUUGCAGGGACACAAACAAUGGGUGGCGGAAGUCCAGUUUCUUGGUGUUGUUGAUCACCCCAAUCUCGUCAAACUCAUAGGAUACUGUGCUGUUGAUGGAGAAAGAGGAAUCCAGCGUCUUCUGGUAUACGAGUUUAUGCAAAAUAAGAGCUUGGAGGAUCAUCUUUUCCGGCGUGCAUACCCUCCUCUUCCUUGGAAAACAAGAUUGCAGAUAAUACUCGGAGCAGCGGAAGGAUUAGCUUAUCUGCACGAAGGUUUAGAAGUUCAGGUGAUAUAUCGAGAUUUCAAAGCCUCCAAUGUGUUAUUGGAUGAGAACUUCAAUCCAAAGCUUUCAGACUUCGGGCUAGCAAGGGAGGGGCCGAUGGCUGGGCGUACACAUGUUUCGACAGCCGUAGUUGGGACUUAUGGUUAUGCUGCUCCUGAUUACAUUGAGACAGGACAUCUCACGUAUAAGAGUGAUGUUUGGAGUUUUGGGGUGGUAUUGUAUGAGAUUCUUACAGGCAGACGUUCAUUGGAACGAGGCCGCCCGAAAGCAGAGCAGAAACUCCUGGAAUGGGUGAAACAGUUCCCUGCUGAUAGCAAAAAGUUCAGCUCAAUAAUGGAUCCUCGUCUUGAAAACCAGUUUUCAACAGCUGCAGCUCGAGAAAUUGCUAAGUUAGCAGACACUUGUUUAUUAAAAAGUCCCAAGGACCGGCCGAAGAUGAGUCACGUGGUAGAGAGGUUGAAGCAGAUAAUCCAAGUUUCAGAUGAUGGAAAUGAUCGGGGGAAUGAGAGUCCUGAGGUACCUGAAAUUGAACUGGCUGAAACAGAAUCGAACUCAAAUCAAUUUGGUGUCUCGGAAUCAUGGAAAAGGCGGAUGGCACACCUUGCAAAACUGGGUGAGCAUGUAGAAGGUGCAAGUAGAAGGAGAUUGAUGAUGUUGCAGAGAGCCAAAGUGCCAUGAGUUCUCUCUCUUUUUUCUCUUUUCCUCCUCUCCCCUCCCCCCCCAAACCAGCCCUCUCUCCCCAUUUGUCCUUAAACUUCUAAAGAUGUGUUACUGUAAGACAUGAGACCUUUUAUAGAGGGCCAGUUCCUGGAAUGGAUAUUAUCAAAUUGUGCCUGGGCUUUGGCCUCCAUGUACAGUAAUCAAGAAAAAGAAAAAAGAAUAGAAAACCUUGGUAUUCCCCCUUUUUUCUUAUUGAAAAAACAAAAGUAUACAUAUUUCGUUUAUUUUGGGAUUCCCCUACAAGGUAUUGAUGUUUCUAUCCCAA